CACACAGCCGUCCACCCCAACUCACUGUCAACCCCACGCCUCAAACUCCCAAGAAUGCCAGAUUAUCCACUGCUCCCUCCUCUUCUUCCACCAUGAUUACCACCCACCUCUCCCCCACCCCCAAGCUCCCUUUCCACUCCCACCUUGCCGUGCCCUUCUCCCUCACGCGCCGCCACCGACACCUCGCCAAGCCCGUCUCCGUCCCCGCCGCGGCGCCGCCGGACCCCCUCGCGAGCGUCGAGUCGGUGGUCUCCGCCGCCUCCGUCCUGGCCGCCAUCGUGCUCGUCCACGAGUCGGGCCACUUCCUCGCCGCGGCCUCCCGCGGCAUCCACAUCUCCCAGUUCUCCAUCGGCUUCGGCCCGGCCCUCGCUCGCUUCCGCGUCGGCCCCGUCGAGUACUCGCUCCGCGCCAUCCCGCUCGGCGGCUACGUCGGCUUCCCCGACGACGACCCCGAGUCCGGCUUCGCACCCGACGACCCCGACCUCCUCCGCAACCGCCCCGUCCCCGACCGCCUCCUCGUCGUCUCCGCCGGCGUCGCCGCCAACCUCGCCUUCGCCUUCCUCAUCGUCUGCGCCCAGGCGCUCACCGUCGGCGUCCCCGUCCAGGCGCAGCUCCCUGGAGUGCUCGUGCCUGAGGUCCUCCCAGGCUCUGCGGCCGCCCGCGCCGGAAUCCUCCCCGGCGACGUCAUCCUAGCCGUCCCCGGCGCCGCGCCCGAGCCGUCUGUUCCCGUCCUAGUCGACCUCAUCAAGGCCAGCCCCAGCAAGAAGGUGCCCAUCACCGUGUCAAGAACCGCGCCCGGGGCCGGGGACAGGCAGUCCGUUGAACUCACUCUCGUGCCGGACACCAGCGCUGAUGGCACAGGGCGCAUCGGCGUGCAGCUAUCCCCCAACUUCCUGGUCAGGCGCGUCCGACCCCAAAACCUGGCCGACGCGACCGUCCUCGCCGUGCGCGAGUUCACGCUCUUGACCGGGACGGUGUUCGAUGGGCUCAGGCAGACAUUGCUCAACUUCUCGCAGUCGGCGGAGAAGGUAUCAGGUCCUGUGGCCAUCAUUGCUGUCGGCGCCGAAGUGGCCAGGUCCAGCGCUGACGGGCUGUUUCAAUUCGCGGCAGUGAUUAACCUCAACCUUGCGGCUAUAAACUUGUUGCCGUUGCCGGCAUUGGACGGUGGGACGUUGGCGUUGAUCCUUCUUGAGGCAGCCCGUGGUGGUCGGAAGAUUCCCCGUGAAGUUGAGCAGGGGAUCAUGUCGUCAGGAAUAUUGGUGGUGCUGAUGGUUGGCAUAUUCCUUAUUGUGCGUGACACGCUCAAUCUUGACUUCAUCAAGGAGAUUUUGUGAUACUUGGGGUGAAAACUUUAUCACAGUUGUAGUGGAAUCGCCUGUAUCAAACUUCAGGUGGCCUGGAAUGGUUAGUAGUUGUGAUUCUUUUUACCCUUUGGUGGGAUUGCUCUAGCACUCUAGCUUGCAAUAGCUAUCAUAGGUCCGUACUGCUGUUUCCGGAAUGAAGGUUGCGAAGUUACAGUUAAUUGCAAUUCAAGAUAAAAAGUGAUGUUGAGUUGUUGAUAUGUAAAUUUCUGCUUGCAAUGCACAAUGAGUUGCUUAUUAACUUGGUGCUUUUGUAUCAUCUUGAAAUCAUUGUAUUGAAAUGAAAUCAUAUUAGCUUAUAACA